UAAAUAAAUAAUCUUCCCAAUUCCCAUUUGCAGGUAAAUCAUCUUUGUCCCAACACCGCAACAAGGUUUUGUUUCAGAGCCACAGUGCCACCAACAUGGCUCAAGUGAAGAUCUUAGAGCAAAGUGAAGUUGGUCCACCACCAUGCUCACUUCCCUCAACCACCCUUCCCCUCACUUUCUUCGAUAUUCCAUGGUUCUACUGCCACCCCAUCCAACGCAUCUUCUUCUAUGACUUUCCCCACCCCACACACCACUUUCUCCAAACAGCACUUCCCAUUCUCAAACACUCUCUUUCCCUAACCCUCCAACACUUCUUCCCCUUCUCCUCCAAUCUCAUCGUUCCUCCACAGCAACCCCAUCUCUCUCACAUACGCUACCUUGAUGGAGACUCUCUCUCCUUCACCGUUGCAGAGUCCACCGCAGACUUCACCCUCCUCACAUCAGAUUCACCACAAGACGUUCAAAAUUGGCACCCUCUUGUUCCCGCGUUUCCUACCCCACGUGUUGACCAAGAUGGCGCACGUGUGUUCCCUCUUAUGGCCAUUCAGGUUACAAUUUUCCCAAAGUCUGGCUUCACCAUAUGUCUCACCUUCAACCACCUUGCCAGCGACGGCAAGUCACUUCACCAUUUCAUCAAGUUCUGGGCCUCUCUUUGCAAAGCAAAAGGAAACACGGCUUCCCUUCAAACCUCUUUGUCUCUUCCUUCUCAUGAGAGGGACAAAGUUAAAGAUCCAAAGGGGCUUAAGCUCAUUUACUUUCAAGAACUUGAACAUCCUGAGUCCAGAAACAUGGAGUUUGCGGGGCUCGUGAGAGAAGUCUCCUCUAACAAGGUUCGCUUCACAGUUGCAUUGAGUCGUGAACAAGUUGAGAAAUUUAAGAAAUGGGUCUCUCUUAAAUGCGCCAGCUACACUUCUGAUGAGACAUUGCACAUAUCAACCUUUGUGGUGACAUGCUCCUUAAUUUGGGUUUGCAUGAUUAGGUUAGAGGAGAGCAAAGGCAAUUAUGUUGCACAAGAUUAUGCUGAAUUCUGCCACUUGGUGUUUCUUGCAGAUUGUCGUGGUCGUCCUGAGUUUUCAUUACCUUCAACGUACUUUGGGAAUUGUCUAACCACUUGUUUUGUGGCUAUGAAGAGGAGUGAGAUAGUGGGAGAAAAUGGGAUCAUUGGGGUGGCAAAGGCUAUUGAAAGGCAAAUUAGAGAUUUGAAGAGUGAUGCUUUGAGAAAUGCUGAAAGGUUGAUGUCAUAUUAUAGAGAGUUAGGGAAACCAGGAAAAUCUGUGUUGGUAGUUGCGGGGUCACCAAAAUUGGGUGUGUAUCAUACUGAUUUUGGAUGGGGUAAGCCUAAGAAAUCUGAAGCAGCGCAUAUUGAAUCGUCAGGAUCAAUUUCUCUUUCUGAUUGUAGAGAUGAAAACGGAGGAAUUGAGGUUGGAUUGGCACUUGAAAGGAUUCAGACGAAUAAUUUUUUCAACAUCUUAGAAGAGCAACUCAAUAAUAUUAAUAAAUUCUAAGGGAAUCGUUCACGUUCUUACACAACCGGUAUUUUCACGUUUUUUUCUUCUUUUCUUUGUUUGGUGGGUCAGUAGUUUUUUUCGGUGUUCUUAUAAAUAUUUCAUUUUUAGAGUGAUGUGCUUGUAGUUCUUAAUAUGCACGGAGACUAAGUGGAGGGAGUGACGCCUCUGCUACUUUUGGCAUUGGCUUUGCUUUUAUUGUGGUUGUUGUACAUGUAAUUUUUGCGUUGUUAUCCUUACUAAGUUGCUGCAAUGGUGUUUUUCACUUUGGGCGUA